UUGCGUUUAGAAACCAAACCGAGCGCCAGGCAGGAACAGAAACCGAAACUGCAGCUGGCAGCCUUUAUAAGCGCCGGGCUCAGCCGCCCUACCAGUGCGGAAGGAGAAAGCCUGAGUCCCAGAGCUUGUACCGGUGUCGUUCCGAGGAGAACCAGAGAAAGCGAGUUCGAGCCGCGGGAGGUGACGUUGCCCGGAGCGGGAGAAGUAGCACAGCGAGACCCUCCUUGGAGCGAUCCGCAGCCAGAGCAGCGCAAGGGCCUAGGAGCGAAGCGACCGGAAUGGAAGCGGCCCCUUCCCGCGACGAGAUCGUCCUCUAUCUGGUUUCUCAAUUCAGGCAGAAGAUCCGGCGAAGUCUGCAGGUGACGCUGGUGCUGGACGGCAUGCCCUCCCUGAGCCGCGACGUGAAGGAGCGCGUCCGCGCCGUGCACAGGAACCAGGGGGACCUGGCAGCUGCCGACGAGCUCCUGCGCGCCUUGGAGGGCCAGGCGCGCCCCCCGCCGGGCUUGUGGCAGGAGUUCUACGAGGCGCUGAAAGAGGGCGGCUUUCAGGCCGCCGCCUACGUGAACCCCAGCCUGGAAGAGCUGCCCUCGCCGUCCCUGGAGGCGCUCAACGAGACCGGCGCCUGCUUGGUGGAGAACUUCAUGGGCAGCCUGGUGGAGGGCCUGAGGGCCGUGCAGGUGGCCGAGAAGUGCGUCGAAAAGGGGCUCUUCAAAGGCGAGGACUUGGAGCGGGUGAGAGCUGAAGACAAUGUUCUAGGAAAUCGAGCGGCUGUGAGGGAAUUGUUGGAAAGGAUAGUGCGGAAGAAAGAUUGGUUCUCACCGUUCCUGGCUGCUUUGCGUGAAACUUACCAUGAAGACAUUGCAGAAGUCCUAAGCGGACAGCAAGACGAAUGUAAUGAAAAUGGGAUAUCUGUGGAUGAAACUCAAGAGCUGCAGGGUUUUGAAGUUGCGGAGGAUUUGAAGAAAGAAAUUGAUGUAGAGCACAAUUCAACUGGAGAGGAGAAUAUCUCAGAAGAAUCAUUUGGAGAGGCCUCUGCCGUUUCAGAUGAUGCUGAUGAUGGGGACAAAAGAGCUUCACCUGAACCAGAGCUGAGUCUCAGAGACUACCAAAUGGAAGUGGCCAAACCAGCACUGGAAGGGAAGAAUAUUAUCAUAUGCCUCCCUACAGGCAGCGGCAAAACCCGAGUGGCUGUUUACAUUGCCAAAGACCAUUUGGAUAAGAAGAAAGAAGAAGGGAAACCUGGAAAAGUUAUAGUGCUUGUUAACAAGGUGCCAUUGGUAGAACAGCAUUUCCGGAAAGAAUUUCACCCUUAUCUGAAGCACCACUAUAAAGUAACUGGGCUGAGUGGUGAAUCUCAGCUGAAAAUUUCAUUCCCCGAAGUUGUCCGAGAUCAUGAUGUUAUUAUCUGCACUGCUCAGAUCCUUGAGAAUGCGCUGUCGAAUGCAGAAAGAGAUGAUGAAGAAGGUGUCCGUUUGUCAGUGUUCUCUCUGAUAGUUAUUGAUGAAUGCCAUCAUACUCACAAGGAAGGUGUCUAUAACAAUAUCAUGCGCCGUUAUUUGAAACAAAAGAGGGAAAAUGAGAAGAAAAGCAAAGAGAACAAAUUACGAACUACUCAGCCACAGAUCCUGGGACUGACAGCUUCACCUGGUGUUGGAGGUGCAAAAAACCAUUCAAAAGCUGAGGAACAUAUUCUGAAAAUAUGUGCUAAUCUUGAUGCAGAUAGGAUCAUGACUGUUAAAGACCAUGCCUCGCAACUGAUCAGUCAAGUGAAGGAACCCAAAAAAAAAUUUGAGAUUGCAGAUGACAAACGGAAGGAUCCAUUCAGAGAAAAACUCAUAAGCAUAAUGACAGAGAUCCAGGCAUAUUGCAAGUUGAAUCCAAACUUUGAGUUUGGAUCUCAGACCUAUGAACAGUGGAUUAUUCAAGAGGAGAAGAAAGCUGCUAAAGAAGAGGAUCGCAAAGAACGUGUCUGUGCAGAGCAUUUGAAGAAAUACAAUGACGCCUUGCAAAUUAAUGACACCAUCCGAAUGAUGGAUGCGUACAAACAUCUCAAAAGCUUCUAUCAGGAAGAAAGGAGCAAGAAGAUGGCAGAGGAUGAAGAAGAGGAUGAAAUAACAGCAUCAAAACUAGACGAAACAGACACAUUCCUUAUAGAUUUAUUUUAUGCCAAAGAAAAGGAGUUGAAAGAGCUAGCUUCUAAGGAACAGUUUGAAAACAAAAAGCUGACAAAGUUGCGUGAAACUUUGCUGCAUGAGUUCACAAAGGAGCCUGUGGCUAAGCCUAGAGGAAUCAUUUUCACAAAGACUCGGCAGAGUGCCUAUGCCCUCUAUCAGUGGAUUAAAGAGAACUCAAAGUUCGAAGAAGUUGGAGUGAAAGCUCAUUACCUUAUCGGAGCCGGACACAAUAGUGAAUUUAAGCCUAUGACUCAGAAUGAACAAAAGGACGUGAUUGAAAAAUUCCGCAAUGGAAAAGUUAACCUACUCAUUGCUACUACCGUGGCAGAAGAAGGCCUGGAUAUCAAGGAAUGUAACAUCGUUAUACGCUAUGGCCUUGUUACCAAUGAAAUAGCUAUGAUGCAGGCACGUGGAAGAGCUCGAGCUGAUGAAAGUACCUAUGUACUUGUGGCAUCGGAUGGAUCUGGAGCUGUUGAGCGUGAAAAUGUGAAUAUUUUUCGUGAGAAAAUGAUGUAUAAAGCAAUUAAACGUGUCCAGGAGAUGCCCCAAGAAGAAUAUUCUCGUAAGAUCCUAGGCUUUCAGCUGCAAAGUAAAAUGGAAGUCAAAAUGAAGGCGAAGAAAGAGCAGCGUAAAACAUACAAGCAAAACCCAUCUUUGAUCAAGUUCCUCUGCAAAAAUUGCCACAAGCAAAUAUGUUCAGGAGAAGACAUACAAGUUAUUGAAAAGAUGCAUCAUGUCAAUGCCAAAAACGAAUUCCAGGAGCUUUAUGAUGUAAGAGAAAACAGGACUCUGCAAGCAAAAGAAGUCGAUUAUCAAAUAAAUGGAGAAAUUAUCUGCAAAGACUGUGGACAAGCUUGGGGUACUAUGAUGGUGCACCGAGGUCUAGAUCUGCCGUGCUUAAAAAUAACGAAGUUUGUAGUUGUAUUCAAAGACAAGAAAACUGUUUCAAACCAAAUAUUCAAAAGAUGGGGCGAGCUGCCUAUUAGAUUUCCAGAUUUCAAUUAUGCAGAACACUGUGUAUCUAGUGAUGAAGAUUAAGAAUGCCAGAGGCAUGACCUCACAAACGGAGGUCACAGUGCUUCUCAGUAUGAAGUAUAAAGGCAAAUUCACACGUGUACAUUUAUGACUCUGCAACUGCAGCAUCAAGUGAUGGCAUAUGUGAAUGGCAAGACCUCUUGUCUUACUUCAAAGAAGUCCCUUUGAAUGGAAGCAGUCUGCAUGUAACAGCUACAAGCUAUUAAGAAAGAAAUCAGUGGCAGAAAAAUUGGAUGAUGAAUAUCACUGUGUGAAUCAGCAUGGUAUUUCUGAAGUCAGGGAGUCAAUGGAUGCAUUCCAAGUAUUGGGUGAGAUUGUUCUUUUAGGACCAUUAGGAUUUAGGAUCUUUUAGGAUUGUUCUUUUAGGAGGUUGUUCUUUGUUCCAUCAUCUCAGUAGGACAAAAAAAAAGACGAGCAAAAUUAGACCCAUGCAAAAUCGUUAUAAAAACGUCCUGUCAGUAAACAGCAGGAAGCAUUAAGUUAGCUUAUUUUGUUACUCCGUGUUUUCAAAUUCUUGAGAAGUUAAAUUAAAAGAAAAUGGCAUUUCUAUUGUAUUAAUUUUUGACCAGAUUUACACAUACGCGCACACACGGUAAAAUAUAUUUAUAUGGUCUGAAUAUAUUAUGGCACAUUACAAUGUUACGUAGUUCAUCUAGAUAAAUUUCUUACUGGAUAACUUGUAGUUCAAUGUCUGUCAAUAAAAAAA